AUGGCAUCCACUGACAUCUCCGAAACGGACUUCGCGGCCACGUUGGAGAAAUAUGCCGCCGAAUCCAAGAAGCGUCUCCGUCCUGACGGUAUCGCACAGUACGCCGACAUUGCUCUCACGGACAAAUUCAAGCAAUUCGCCGAUGACCCCUGGAUUCGAGGCGAGGAGAACCGGUGCAAGAACCUGUACCUCACGCAGCCGGCUCCGGUGGCGAAUGGCGGCCACGUCAAAGUAGUGAUUACCGGUGCCGGAUACGGAGCGCUGCUCUAUGCCGUGCGGCUCAUCCAGACGGCCGGCUUCAAGGCAGAAGACUUCGUCUUCGUGGAUUCCGCCUGGGGGUUUGGCGGAACAUGGUACUGGAAUCGGUAUCCAGGGCUCAUGUGCGACGUGGAAAGCUCGUGCUACCUGCCGCUGCUGGACGAAACUGAGUUCAUCCCGAAGCAUCGAUACUCCUACGGCCCGGAACUGCGGCAAUACGCCGAGCUCAUUGCGAAGAAGUACGGACUGCAGAAGCGGCCAUUAUUCGGCUGCACAGUCAAGGACAGUCGCUGGGACGAGGCCCAGUCCGAGUGGGUGACAACGAUAGUCCGGAAGCGUCUCGUCGGCAUGGAGACAGUGGAGGAAAGCUACGUGCUCCAUUCAUAUCUGGUUAUUUUGGCCUCGGGAAUCCUGAAUCGUCCCAAGCUGCCACGCCUGCCCGGGCUCGACACUUACCGUGGCCACGUCUUUCAUACCUCCCGCUGGGACUACGACUACACCGGUGGUUCACCGGAGGACCCGAGGCUUAGUCGCUUGCAGGGGAAGAAGGUCGCGCUCGUCGGCACGGGCGCCACGGGCAUCCAGGUCAUGCCGGAACUGGCCAAGUGGGCCGGACAGCUGGUUGUGUUCCAGCGCACCCCAUCCUCCGUGGACACGCGCGGGCAACGGGCCAUGGACCCCGAGACGUGGCGACGAGAUGUGACCCAAGGGCGAAAGGAGUGGCAGAGUGAGCGUCGCAUGAACAUGGCCGGGUUCGUGUCCCGGGUGCCCGAUCCCCCGGCGAAGGACCUGGUGGACGACGGUUGGACGCACUUCCCUUCGCUGUCCGGGUUGAUCGGAGGACCAGCGGCCGCCUCGCUGACGGAGGCGACGGUAGGUAAGUACGUGGAGUCGUUGCACCGACUGGACAUGCCGCGACAGGAGCGCAUUCGCCGGCGGGUGGACGCCGUGGUUACGGAUUCGGCCACCGCUGAGAGCCUCAAGCCCUGGUAUCCCGGCUGGUGCAAGCGGCCAUGCUUCCACGACGAGUACCUGGGGGCGUUCAACGAGCCGAACGUGCGCCUGGUCGACACGGCCGGGAAGGGGAUCGAUGGAUUCUCGUCGACGGGGGUACGGUUCAACGGGCAGGAGUACGAGGCUGACGUCGUCAUCUUGGCGACUGGAUUCGAGUCUCCCGCCGCAGGAGCGCCGUCCUUCCGCGCCCGGAUUGAUAUCACAGGUCGAGGGGGCGUCACGCUGGAUGAGAAAUGGAUGAAGGGCGCGGGCACCCUCCACGGGGUCUUGACCCGCGGCUUCCCCAAUCUCGUGUUAGCCGGCGUGACGCAGGCCGGGAGCACCGUUAAUGCUGUGCAUAUGGUCGACAUUCUAGCGACUCACGCGGCGCAGAUCAUCGCCGCCGCACAGAAGCAGGCAGAUUCGGGGAGACUGGUGAUCGAGCCCACCUUUGAAGCCGAGGAGGCCUGGAGCAUGGCAGUGGCGAGCACCGCCUACGCCUUCGCUGCCGUCCCCGGUUGCACGCCGAGUUAUGCCACACUGGAAGGCGCCUCGAUGCAGGCGCAGACAGCGGAGGAGCAGAUCCGAGCCACCCGGUCGCUCACCUGGGGCAAAGGGAUAACCGAUUUUGUGAAUGUGUUGGCAGCCUGGGAGAAGGACAACGAUUUGCAGGAUAUCCAUGUUAGCCGGCUAGAAGAUGACUUGACUCGACUGCUGGAUACUGUUUCUGAAGUGGUGGAAAGGCAGGCCAUGAUGUAUCCCAAGCCGCGGCUGUAG